AUGUUUCUUAAACUUAAAGCAAUUGUAAAUUUAUUGAUUAGACAGAAUUUAUUCUCUAUAAAAAAAAUUAAUUUAUGUUGUUUAUUAUUAAUACUAUUCAAAAAUUACACAAAUGCUAGAAAUACUAUAAUAAGAAACAUUCAUAACAAAGAAAAAGAUUAAAGGCUAGAGAAAUUAUACAUUUAAUUUUCUGAAAUCUAUAAGUUAUAGUAUAACCUGAAUAAUCCAAUAUCAAUUAAAAAUAAUAAGCUGAAUUAAAUGAGACCUGAAGUUUUCUAUUUUAGUUUUAAUAUCAUUAGACUUUAUAUCAAUUUUAUUAUACAGAUUGCUGAGUAAAUGAGCAAAUGAAUUAGCAAAAUGGAUUUUGACUUCUAGGUAAAAAUAAAUAGCUGAAAAAAAAUAUGAAUUAUAAUUGAUAAUCAAGUGUAUAAGAAUUAACAAUAUAUCCGAUUUUAUAAUCAACUCUUCAAACAGCAUAAGAUUAAUUAUCCAAAAUGAGCAAAGCUCGUAUUUUCGAGGAUAAGCUUAUUUUAAACCGCCUGAAUUAGUUGAGAGGAUUAUCAAUUUAACCUGUAUGUUUAUAGAACCAAAAUUUAAGUUUUAUAACAUAAUUGGAGUGAACGCUAAAAAAUCUUAUGUCGAGAAGAUUUUUAAAAUAAAUUCUAAGUUUAGAUGCAAGUUGUAUAAAUGA